AUGAAUGCUGCUGUAAAAGCUUUUAAGGAGGCAAGAAAGAACCCAGCCAAAAACACUCCUUCGAAAAAGGCAAAGUCAGAAGAACAGCCUAAAUCAGCGCAACGUUUUGAUAGCAAUUUGGAUGACCAAGCUCUUAAACCAGCUCAAAAACAGCAAGGAAGUGAACACAAAACAAAAAUGAGUAUGAAAAUAGAAACUGACAGGGUGGCUGAAGAACUUUGUGAGAAUGAAGUUAAGCAGAAAACUGUGGAAAUGGAGAGACCCUAUGCUCCAGAAGAAUCUUCAUUUCAGGCAGUAGAAAUGCAAGCAGUCACUCAGAAUAAAACAGGAAGGAAACUUGGCUACCAAAAAAAGAAAGAAAAUAUGAGCAUGAACAAAUUGAAUGCCAUUAAAAAAAAAAUUAAUGAUGAUAGUGACCAGGAACAUCCUAAUGAAGAGGAGUACUUUGAUGAUAGUACUGAAGAGAGGUUUUAUAACCAGUCAUCAGAUUCUGACAGUGACAGCAAUGAUGAUUUCUUCAUUGGCAAAGUAAAAAGAAAGAAAAAUGUAGCAGCAGUUACUGGUCUUUCUUUAGCAAUAGAAGAGGAUAGACUUCAGAAAAACAUAGUGAAGAAAGAAAAGAACACAGUGCCUGGGAAAGCGCAAGAUUUGAUCACAGAAGAAGGAAAGCCACAUGCAAAAGCAAGCAGGCUAGAAUCAGUGUUCUGCAGUUCCUUGUCUACCUCUAAUCAGAAAUCUCAACACAGAAAAAG